CACUAAGUGGAGGAAAAUCCUGACAUCGGGAUGAUAUUGACCACAUAGCACCGAGUGACAAUUUGGGUUGGUAUUUUGGGGUUGUGUUUACAAAGUCAUAAGUACCUUGCAGAGCAUGAGGAUCAGAGUGAUAAUUCAGCACAUGGACUGUUAGCAGAUGGUGGUUACUGAAGUUUGAGUCAGUUGACCCUCAGCUUUUGCCUCACAUAGCCAGACCUUCUGGAAGAGAUGAGACUCGCAUUUUGUGGUAAUGACAAUGCCUCAGCCUACAACAUCAGUGCUGGUGUCCUCAGGAAUGUCUGCUUUGUGGAUGCCCUCAACUUGGUCCCUCAUGUCUUCCUGCUGUUUAUCACCUUCCCAAUUUUAUUCAUUGGCUGGGGAAGCCAGAGCUCCAAAGUGCAGAUUCACCACAAUACCUGGCUUCACUUCCCUGGGCACAACCUGCGGUGGAUCCUGACGUUCACCCUGCUGUUUGUGCAUGUGUGUGAGAUAGCAGAGGGGAUUGUUUCUGAUACACAAAUGAAAUCUCUCCACCUGCAUCUCUUUCUACCAGCUAUAAUGGGAUUUGUGGCUGCCACUGUAUCCAUAGUCUAUUACCAUAAUAUUGAAACAUCCAACUUUCCAAAGUUACUGUUGGCCUUGUUCCUUUACUGGAUAAUGGCCUUUGUCACAAAAACCAUCAAGCUUGUCAGAUACUGCCAGGAUGGGGUGCCUUUUUCUCAGCUGCGUUUCUGCAUCACUGGAAUCAUGGUCAUCCUCUAUGGGCUGCUGAUGGCUGUGGAGAUCAAUGUCAUCCGAGUCAGGAGGUAUGUGUUUUUCAUGAACCCUCAGAAAGUGAAGCCUCCAGAGGAUCUGCAGGAUCUGGGAGUGAGGUUCCUGCAGCCAUUUGUCAAUUUGCUCUCAAAGGCAACUUAUUGGUGGAUGAACGCACUCAUUAUUUCUGCACACAAGAAACCUGUGGACCUGAAGGCAAUUGGGAAGCUCCCAAUUGCAAUGAGAGCACUGACAAAUUAUGUCUGCCUCAAAGAAGCCUAUGAAGAACAAAAGAAAAAGGUAGAGGAUCAUCCCAACCGGAGUCCCUCCAUUUGGUUGGCCAUGUACAGUGCUUUUGGACGGCCAAUCCUGCUCAGCAGCACAUUCCGCUACCUGGCCGACCUGCUGGGCUUUGCUGGGCCACUCUGCAUUUCUGGCAUUGUUCAGGGCUUCCAGAACACAACCAAUAAUACAAAUACCACAGAAAAGGUGAAGGAUCCAUCAAACUCCUACCUUUCAUCAGAGGAAUUCCUCAGGAACGUUUAUGUCUUGGCAGUCCUUCUCUUCCUGGCCCUUAUUCUGCAGAGAACAUUCCUGCAGGCCUCUUACUAUGUGACUACAGAGACUGGCAUCAACCUCCGGGGUGCCUUACUGGCAAUGAUAUAUAAUAAGAUCCUGAGGCUUUCUACAUCCAACUUGUCCAUGGGAGAGAUGACACUGGGACAAAUCAAUAACUUGGUUGCCAUAGAAACCAACCAAUUGAUGUGGUUCUUGUUCCUGUGCCCCAAUCUGUGGGCAAUGCCUGUCCAGAUAAUAAUGGGUGUGAUCCUCCUCUAUAACCUGUUGGGAGUGAGCGCCUUGGUCGGGGCUGCUGUCAUUGUUCUCUUAGCCCCCAUCCAGUACUUCAUAGCCACCAAGCUGGCUGAGGCUCAGAAGAGCACUCUUGACUAUUCUACUGAGAGACUAAAGAAAACCAAUGAGAUACUCAAAGGCAUUAAGCUAUUAAAGCUGUAUGCCUGGGAGCACAUAUUUUGUACAAGUGUGGAAGAAACGAGAAUGAAAGAGCUCACCAGUCUCAAAACCUUUGCACUUCAUACUUCUCUUUCCAUUUUUAUGAAUGCAGCCAUACCAAUAGCAGCUGUUCUUGCA